AACAUUUUCUUGAUUCUCCGGUAACAAUAUGCCGUCAUUAGAAGAAGAAUUGUUUCCAUCAACACCAGGAAAAUUCAAGGACAGAAAUCGUCAUUUCCAUAGAUGUUUUGCAUCAACAAGUACAAUGUUCUUAUGGGCAUUGUUUUUAAUAGCAAUAACAGCUUCAUAUUUGUGUUUUCAAUCACUUAUGGAUAAUAAUAAUUCAACAGGCAACCGGUAUUUCACCAGUCAUCGUUGGGAGAAACAAGUCAUUACCUCAGCUCAAAUAAGACGGGCCCACGGCAUGUCAGUACUUGUUACCGGUGCAGCCGGUUUUGUUGGGUCCCACGUCUCGAUCGCCUUAAAAAAACGUGGCGAUGGAGUCGUAGGACUCGAUAAUUUCAACAAUUACUACGACGUAUCGUUGAAAAAAGCGAGAAAGAAUCAACUUAAUAAGAACGGGAUAUUCGUCGUCGAAGGUGAUAUAAAUGAAUCCAAACUAUUGGUAAAGCUUUUCGACAUUGCGAAGUUUACGCAUGUCAUGCAUCUAGCAGCUCAAGCCGGGGUUCGUUACGCAAUGGAAAACCCGAACUCUUAUAUUCAUAGUAAUAUCGCGGGUCUCGUUACGUUGCUCGAAGUAUCCAAAAAUGUGAACCCGCAACCCGCGAUUGUGUGGGCCAGCUCUAGUUCGGUUUACGGGUUAAAUGAGAAAGUUCCUUUUUCCGAAUCGGAUCGGACGGAUCAACCUGCUUCGUUGUACGCGGCGACGAAAAAAGCGGGCGAGGAAAUUACUCACACGUAUAAUCAUAUAUACGGGUUGUCGAUAACCGGGUUGAGGUUUUUCACCGUUUACGGACCGUGGGGUAGACCCGACAUGGCGUAUUUUAGUUUUACGAGGAAUAUAUUGCAAGGGAAACCGAUCACGAUCUAUCGGGGCAAGAAUAGGGUCGAUUUGGCCCGGGAUUUUACCUACAUUGAUGAUGUCGUGAAAGGGUGUAUCGGGUCACUUGAUACAUCCGGUAAGAGUACCGGAUCGGGUGGGAAGAAACGGGGCCCCGCUCCGUAUCGGAUUUUUAAUUUGGGUAAUACGUCGCCAGUUACGGUACCUAUGAUGGUUGGAAUGUUGGAGAAACAUUUGAAGAUUAAAGCGAAAAAGAAUUUUGUCGUUAUGCCCGGAAACGGUGACGUUCCGUUUACACAUGCGAAUAUAAGUUCGGCCCGAAAAGAAUUCGGGUAUAAGCCCACAACCGAUUUGCAAACCGGGUUGAAGAAAUUUGUUAGGUGGUAUCUCUCAUAUUAUGGCUACAAUCAAGGAAAGUCUGUAAAGUGAUAAUUACCUUUUGCUUUUUUUUUUUUCUUUUUUAAUUGUGGUUAUUUUAGAUUUUUUAUUUAUUUUUCUAUCACGAAGGAAAGAAAUUGGAGGAAGAAAAAAAGAAGGAAAAAAAAAGGUGAAUACCAAUUCUUUUUUUAAUUAUUGUUAUUAUUAUUGGGGAAAGAGGAGAGAAGAAGUAUUGAUAAACUCCCUUGCCCCCUCUGUUAGAGGAUCUUCUUGUUGUUUUCCUUGAAAAGGAUAAAAAAGUUUAUUCUUUGUCUCA